UGUUGAAGUGCGAGUUGGGUGAGCAGCGAGUGGACGGACCCACUUUUAUGCUGUUUUGUGCCUGGAAAUCUAAAUAAAGCCCGUUGACCGGGAAGCAAAGACGGGAAAAUACGUGAUGCAACCCCCAGGAGUUGACUAACAUCCUGGUACCUACUUACUGCUAAGUGAACACACACCAGGCGUAAGAAAAGCGCCCACUAUUUCACUCAUGCCAGGGGUCAGUCCCUGGUCGCUUGGUGUGUGAACAGAGGAUGCUGCCAACUGAGCCAUGAGCAUCUACCAGUGUUGUUGAAUAAGACACAUGUGAGAAUAGCCACGACAACUGACAUCAAAGCAUCCUGGUUAGCAAAACAUUGAUAAAUGUGUGCAUGCCCCAAGACUGGCGUAUCAGGAACAAUCAGAGACUGGGACCUCGUUAACAAGAUGUAAACAGAGUGUAGAUGAAGAGGGUCCAGAGGGAACCCAACAUCUGUGAUUGACUGAGCUCACGUGCCACAACCUACUGAACCCUGAGCCUCCGAGGGGGCGUGGGUUAGCCCAUGUAAUCCUGUGUGCUUGUGGAACAAUGGAUAUAACGGAGGCCAGGCCCGUGCUCGCCUCGAUUAAACUGUGAUUGGUGAACUGGACAUCCUGCGGAGCCUUGUUUGAGGCGUCGGGAUGGUGUGUUGGCGGUGUGAAGCGAGACAGUGCAGCGGCAGCAGCAGCGGCAGCAGCAGCGGCACGAGCACCAAGGUGUUGGCCAGAUGAGCAGCAGCGCGGCCGAACCCCCCCCAGGAGCUUAUUCUGGGGGGCAGGCUGGGGACCCUACCACCGCCCCCCAAACAUCGGCCUCUUCUUCACAUCAGACCCCCCAAACACAACACAGUGAUGGGGAGGAUGCGGGUGGAGACGAAAGCUGCGGGAGGCCAAACCCAAGGCCGCCUGUUCCUGGUGGGGAAGACAUGCCGCAAACUCACCACCACCACCACCCGCAAUUUGGGGAGUGGGGAAAGGACCCCCCAGGAGACUGGGGAAAGACCUCCCACUGCCUCUCGCCUUAUACAUCCCAUCAUCCCUACACACAUUUUCAAGGUGAGGGUGGAGGUGAUGGUCCAGCAGUAGGCACAGGAUCAAUGGAGGCGGGCUCUCCCUGCUGUGGUGGCGGUGAGGGUGGCUCGACCCCGCCUGCCAUUCGAUGGUCGCAGUCUCUCCUACACCUACUAGAGGACCCCCAGGGAGUGCACCUCUUCCAAGAGUACCUCAAGGAAGAGUGUGGCACCUGUGAGUCGCUCAACUUCUGGUUCGCCUGCAACGGACUCAGGAAGUCUGAUCACCCGGACCCGUCGCAGCUAGUGACCAUCAUCUGGAAGAAAUUCAUCAGGAACUACGCCGUGCGGGUCACGGAAAAGACGUACAAAUUAGUCAAUGAUCGCAUCAAUGCCCGCAACAUUGACCACAAUAUAUUUGAUGCUGCACAGAGAGAGGUUGAGGUGGAGAUAGAACGCAGCACGUAUCCGAGCUUCCUGAAGAGUGAAAGCUACCUAAAUUACUUGGCAGCUGCCACUCAGCAUGCUGGUGGCAUUGGCACGGACUCUCCCCACACCUUGUCUCCUGGCAGUCCUGGAACUAUUGGUGGUGGUGGAGUACUACCCACAUUACAUGAAGACUGUGAGUACGAGGGCAGUGCAUCGGGCACUCAGCUGCGGCUUACCCAGGUAGCUCUGGCAGCCACAGUCAAACAGCGUGCCAGUGCCGAGAGAAGAAAACCUGAAGCUUUUGCUGGGCAAUAUUUGCAUGGCAGCAGCAGCUGUGUUGGAGGGGGUGUGAACCCCUACCACGCAAUUUACUCCUCGGCGCACGUGUCCAGCAGACAGGACUCAGAACUGCAGAGUCUGAGUUCUGACGCUCUCACCGACGACACCCUCUCCUGCACUGAUUCUUCUGUAGAUGGUAUGUCAGUAGGUCGCCCCAUCAACCCUAAAUAUCUUAAAAGACAAUACUACAGAAUGAGAGAAAAUGCGCGUCAGAAUCGAGAGCUCUGCCUGAGUGCUGCUGGAGUGAGCAGCUUUUCUGGCAGUCAGGGAGGCACUGGGAUCCUCCACGGUGGUGUGCCAUUUAUGCCUCGCACUCACCGUCUCCGGCACGAAUCCAUUCCUAACAUGAAGCCUGGGGAGUUUGCUGCAUUGUUAAUAGAACGACUGGAGAAAGUCAAGAGGGAGAGAGAAUCACAGGAGAAAGUACAACAGUCCUUUAAGAAGAUCCAGGAGGGGGACAAUGUGUCUGACGAGUGCCGGAGAGAACACGCCUUUAACAGUCUCCCUCCGUCACUUCUUCUCGACAAGCUGACACAGAAGAUUCCCCUUGAUGAUUCAGAUCCUUGUCAGUCCAUACUGGAUGAACAUGUGUCAAGAGUUUGGCAAGACAGCAAUAAUGACACUCCGGCUCGUUCUCCUGGUUCUCCACGUCCCAGAUCCCCCUCUGGUAGAAGAGGAAGCUCAGUGCAGCCUGCUAGAUCCCUCACCGCAGCACAGCACUCCUCCAAGGCCAGUGUCACAGUCGGGGGCACCCAUCCGUCCAUGUAUGUUUCCGGCAGCAACUACCUGCCAUCAGCGCAGGUGGUACACCCGGUUCAUCUGCCUUCUGGCCACCCGGCCCAUCUUCCUCCUGGCCACCUUGGCCAUUUGCCACCUGGCCACCCAGCUCACUUUCCUUCUGGCCACCCAGUUCACCUGCCACCUGGUCACAUGCUCCCCCCAUACGCCAUCAACAAGAACUUGCACCAUGCACGCCGCAGAGAUCGUGACGUCUACUCCACCUUCUCGUCAGACUCGGGCAAUGUAGCCGACUAUUAUGAAAGCAGCGAGAGAGCUGGGCUCCAUCCUCUACCCAAGUCUCGUUCUAUGCCAGAUUAUAUGGAGAACUAUGCUGGUACCAGUAGUGAUGGCGGCAGUUCUGGGAGGCGACAACCGAGUGGGAGGCGGAGCAGUUCGCGCCGUGCACCGGCAGACCUGACUGAUUCAGGUGUGUCGGUGGUGUCAGACUCUGGCCCCUCGCUGACUCCGUCUGCAUCAUCAACUGAGAGAGUAACAUCGUGGCUGCUGGAGAGUGAUAAGUUUUGUGGGAGUAUGAACUCGUCUAGUGUUUACCCAGAGACUGAGUGGGACCCAUGGCUUCCAGCAAACCGCUCCACACACACGGCCGCUGGGGCCACCUCUCCCGGAACUCUGAGACGCAGUAGUAGCAGUGGAGGACGGAGGAGUGCGAGUGGUAUUAGCAUAGGUGGAACUGGCACCAGUGGAAGCAACACUAGCGUGGGUGGUAGCAUUGGCGGCAGUGGAAGCCUGGCUGGUGGACGUUCUGGGUCAUUAGAGAGGGGUGGCAGUUCAUGGAUGGGGUCAUCGGGCAUUGAGCAACGUGACAUUUCUGGCCAUAUGUUGCAUGUGUCCCACUCAGGCCACCUUUCACACAUGUCUCAGGCAACAAACCAGCCUCAUCUUGCACAUAUAGAUGACACCAAGAGGAGGAGUAGGGGUGGUGGAAGUCAUGGCUCCAGUAGGUCAGCAGGUCACAGUUCGAGCCACAGCUCUGGUCACAGCCGGGGACAUUCAGAUGGUGGAAGUGGACGAGGUCCCUGCCAUGCAGAUGCUGCCUCUGCUCCAGUUCCCUGUGGCUCUGGCUCUAACGGUUCUACACUGAGGCGACAAAGACCUUCCAGACACUCUCAGCCAACACCUCCAGGGGUGCUAUGCGAAAGUGGUGGCAGCAGCAGCGGUGGCAGUGGUGGCAGCUAUGGUGGUGGCGGUGGUGGUGGUGGGGCAACCGCUAGCGGAGGCUCAGGUCCCACUGGCAAUGUGGGAGGCAGUUCCUCGGUCACAAGUGCAGCAGAGAGUACCACUAUUGUAUAUAACUUUCACGACGAUGCUGUGCCAUUUGUCACACGGGUUCCCACUCGCCCAGUCACGUUGAAGCGCUUCAAACAGCAUCUCCCUAAGAAAGGAAACUAUAGAUUCUUCUUCAAGAAGCAGUGCGAAGAGUUUGGAGUGAUCCAGGAGGAAAUCACCGAUGACUCAGAGAUCCUCCCGCUUUUUGAUGGCAAGAUAUUUGCACAGAUUAGGAAGGCGGACUGAGAAAUAUAUGUAAAUAAGUGUCUUGAUAUACCAAGAAGAAUAGUGUGUACAAUUGGUCAUGAAGUGGUUUAUUGAGCAGAGGAAUUUUUUUGUGGCAACGUUGGUGCCUCAGAAACAAAAUUCCUCUGCCUAACUUUCGGUAAUGAAAAGCAAAACGGGCAAAGCAAGAAGGACAUUUUUAGCAUUGAUCCCCGGUGAAGAGGAAAGUGAGAAGCUAGGUAGAAUAAUGAAUGUGAAGCCAGUCCACCGGGGAGAUUAGCCGGGCCGUGGGAAUCCAAGCCACAUGGUCCGGUGGUGAUGGAGCCUUGGAGCAGAUAGGCUUAAUUUCUUACCUCAAUUUAGAAAUAAAGUGAGAGAUGUAUAAUGUGUGAAGGUGUGGCCAGGAGCAGUGUGAGAUACUUGCAGGUUCUGUGUGUAGGCAGACACUCGUCGUCGGCGUUGUCAGUAUGUCCUUGCUACCACGUUUAUGGUCUCUUGACUCGGCUACCAGUACACAUUUGCUCACAGUCAACUAAUGUAUUCUUGUCAAAUAACACGCUAUACUGCUAUUCACAAAAUAAUGCCAAAGCGUUAGUGACUGUGGCAGUGUUGCGUACACACAUUUUGGUAAGAAAUUCAUUAUACUGCUUGGCAAUUUUCAGAUAAUGCUUUUCCAAUUUUGUAUAUUAUAAGUGCAUUGUAUUUGCUAAAUUUAAUAUUUUUUCUAGCCUCUGUUAGUUUGAUACACAAGCAUAUACAGUAUCUUUACUAAUGAGUGAAGUGUAGAUUUCAUGAGGGUAAGGAGCUAAACAGGAUUUAAUUAUUCAUAAAUAUUAUGAAGUCAUUUGCAAUGUUAGUAAUUGCAAGAAUCUAUUAAUACAGUGGGUUGUGUAUUCCACUUAAACUAUGGGAAAAGAAUAAAUUGUGAUGGUGUUUGAUCUUUGGAAGAAUGGAAUUGUCAUUCUCAGCCCCCAUUUCCUCAUGAAAUACUGACAGAGUUUAGAAAUAGACACUUUUAAGGGUUUCUUAGUUAUGUGGAAUGAUAAAGUGGUGUGCAAUGAAAGUUUCAAAACUGAACAGGCAGAAUUCAGGGAUUCAGAUUAAUUUUUGCCAAGCCAAGUAAAGAAAUUUGCAUUGUACAUAUUGUAGCAAGCCAUUGUCAAAACUAGUCUAGGAGCAGCUGGUAGCAAGAACCUGCCGAAGUGGGUACAGGAUGCCAAUGAUUGCAGGCGACCCAACGUGACCACGAGGACUGCCAGAGCCUGGACCUGUGAUGUGCUCACACCAAGCCUUUAUUGGCAACUCUUUUAUCUUUGGUGCUACUAGCGUAGAGGCUGCGAGGGUCGUAUAGUGCCACAUGGCAACUUACACACAAGGCACUAGACACGCUCAGUAGCCGACACACAAACCAUCACAUACAGUGCAGUUUACUCUUGGUGAUUAAAAGAGAGUAGUAAUAAUCUGCAGCAGUAUCCACAUAGUUUACAGCAAUAUACAUAAGAGCUUACAGAGAGCAAUAUACACCCCCCACAGCUUCUACUCACCAUCCACUUAUAAUGGGAGUAUAAUUAAUCAUAUCCACUGUUAUGUGCUAAUUGAACCUCAGCCAUGUGGGCUUGGAUUGGAUUUUUUUUUUUACAAGCUGUACUGUACAUGAAUUUGUUGAGUACUGGAUGUACAAAGUGUGGUGUGUGGCAGGUGACGCUGGAGUUGCUGAGGCAUGAUGAUAGUGUUACCACCUGGCCGGAGUGGUGCCUCUUCACAUAUAAUUAUUGUUAUGUUUAUUUUUUGACCCAUUUUGUUGAUGUCUCAGGUAUGUCUUUUCCUUUUCUAGAAUAUUUACAUAUAAUGUUAAUACUUUCAUUGUAACUAAAUUAAUUUGAUGUUGUCUAAAGUAUUUGUUUGUGGUGAAGUACUGUCUACAAGAACCAGGGAAUUUGUUGCUCUUGAUUAUGUUCCCCUCAUCCCCAUUUUCCUAAGAAAGAAUGUUCUUUACUGAAGGAACAUGUCUUGAGCCAAGGAAGUAGGUUCAUGUUUUGGAGUAUCUGUCUACAGUCUGAGGUACAUAUUUUAAGGACAUCUUAAUCUGUGUUAAUAAACCUAAUGCCUAGAUCAAAGGUGCACAUCUUAAGUUCUUGGUCAAAAUGCCUACUCUAACUUAAGUGUGUGUUUGACGAGAUUAAAGAAAGUUGCAUUUCAGACUGAAGACAUCUAUCCUGGUUAAGGUAUACACUUCUGGCCAGUGAAUUUGUCAAAGCAUGAGAGCUUUUCAGGCUAAGGUAAAUAUUAAGAGUAAUUUUACAGAAAGGGGAUAAUGUGUGGAUACUUGCCAGUUGGUAUUAUUAUUAUUAUUAUAAUCAAAAAGAAGUGCUAAGCCACAAGGGCUAUGCAGCACCAGUUGGUAGGAAAGAGAAUUUGAGGAGUGAUACUGUGGACGUAAUAAUCACACAACUUGUCUGUUGUCUUUACGUGUGUAUGUACAGUAUUUGUGCAGUUGAAGUGCCGUAUCUUAACAAAUGAAGACUGUAUACGUUCUUAUAACCAACACUGGAGAGGAAACUUUUGGUGACAUUUGGUCUGUUUCAGCUCCAAUACACCACUUUCUAACAUAAUCUUAGUCCCAAUUUUGUUUCUGUUGAUGUCUGCCUUUUCAGUACACCACCAAUGCCCUAAUUUUUAGAAUACACCAUUACUGUCUUCUGACUUUUACUUGCAUCUUCAUUUAGAGCCCUUUGAGGUACGUCUGAUGGAAGAUUGUGGAGAUAUCCAGAUACUCCAUUCCCUUUAGAUAUAAUUUGUUCUUAGUUAAUUUACUUUUAAUGCUACUAUUCACCAACUUCUUUACUGACAUUUUCAUCAGCUGACCUCUCUCCAUUCCUUUCCCUUCCCUGAUUACCUACCUGUCUCUUCUCCUCACCCAUUUUUUCGGUUGUGACCAGAUUAUGGUUCAGGAUGAACUAAAUUUAAUUUAGUUACCUCUCAAAAGUGUAUGAUGUGAAUUGUUUCAGCCAGUGUAUUGUGACUUAUUCUUGUGCAUCAUUUGAGUUUGCUAAAACUAAUAUUCAAAAAAUAUUUAAAACUAAAUUUGCUACUUGGACUUUACCCUCCUCUUAGAUUAAUAUUGAAAAAAAUGAAGCUGUUUAAUUACUGGUUAUUUUUCCCCUACUGCAGGAAUGUAAUUUUUGUUUAAAUUUGAUGCUCAUUUAAUCUUUACAUAGUUUUAUCCCUUUAUUAAUUCAUAACUUUUAACUUCAUGUCUACUCUCCAGUGGCAUACCUGACUAAUAAAUUUGCAAUUGUUUUUGCAGUGUCAAAUCUAAAGAUUUAAUUAACUUUUUUCUUAGUUUAUGUGAACACAUCCACAUAUCACUCCCAAGCAAUAAAACUGUACCCCUUCAUCACAGGCAAAACACCCUCCACAAAUGUUUCAGUUUGCCAGGUGCUAAUGUCUUUCUUAGUUCAUGACAGCUGCUACAUACACAGGUCAACAUAUAUGGCAUGAUGCUAAUGUUUACAGCUUGCUGUCGACUCUGGGGACUAGUGUGUCAGGGCUUUACCUAGUAUUUCUAGUGAAUCACUAGGGGCUAAGCCUCACAAGAUAUUGUCCUGCCAUUUAGUAAGCACAAUGUUUAUAUAUUUCAGAUUUAUUGUUAUUGUAUUAUAUAUAUAAUUGUUUUGGUUAAUUUAAAAAAUGACUAGCGUGUAUUAUAUGCAGAGGCAGUGCGUAAGUAGUGGAAAUAGUGAGCCGUGAAGGACAUAUCACCUGACAGUCAAGUGCCCACCCUGGUAGAUGGACUUCUCAACGUUAAUUUUGGAGCUGCCAUAUUCUUUGAGGGCUUCUUACCCUGGAAAGGAGUCUCCUCUCCUUGUGAAGAUCGACUCUUUAACAAAAAGAGCUUUCACGAAGGCAGGAUCUUUGUUGUGCGAGUAGCUACAGCUGAAUGGCUAAUGGCAUUAAUCUCACAGUGAAAGAUAUGCCUAUUCUGUAAAUAUGAUUUUUUAAAUAAACUCAUUUUGUAA